AUGAAAGAACAGUUUUUUUGUCGGUUGUUUGGACCAACCGAGCGCGAGCGGGCAGUGCACGGCGCGGAGAGCCGUUCGCUGCUGCCAGCUAUCACGAGGUUUAGCGAAUACCUGGACCAUUUUGUCCGGAUGCCGGAGAUGUUGUUAGAGAUUGAGUUUUACUUUGCCCUUACGAUGCUUGGCAUGGCGGAGAACCUGCUGUCGUUGCUGCUCCUUCCACUCAAGUGCAUUGUGGCCUUCUCACGUCUCGAGCGGCGUGACGUUGUGGCACUGGUGCUAAUCGCCGUUGGAAUGCUCACAUACUGCUUCCUCUCCCUCUACACAACGCAGCUGUACGCCUACCUCUACCACGUGGUGCGCCGCACCUCCUUCAUCAAGCUUGUGAUGGUCUUCAACAUCCUUGACGUCGCGGACCGGCUCCUGUCGGCCCUCUCGCAGGAAGUGAUUGAGGUUCUGACGAUGUGCGUGCAAAAUUGGGACAAGGCAAAGCCGCCGCAGCGGGGACCGGCCGUCGUGUUCGCGCAUUCUCUGUGGCUUCCCGUAGGCAGCGCCGUGAUCUCGGUGGUGUGCGUCGCGGUCCACGCGGUGACACUACUGAUGUCCGUGGUCACGCUCAACGUCGCGGUAAACGCGGAGGGUCACCUGCUGCUGGCGCUGAUGGUGGGCACCAACCUCAGCGAGGUGAAGGGGGUGGCAUACAAGAAACAUAACCGGGAGUCGCUGUUUCAGGUGACGGCUGCCGACGCUGUGGAGCGCCUAAAAUUUUUGCUCUUUGUUCUUGUCAUGGUGCUGCAGCACAUGCACGAGCGGUUCCACGUGCUGGACGUCGCUGACAUGCUUCUGGUGCUUCUAGCGGAGGUGCUUGUUGACUUUACAAAGCACCUCUUUGUGGCGAAGUUUAAUGGCAUCUCCCUCAGCGUCUACCGCAGCUACUCGCAGCUCGCGAUACUCGACAUGGCGGCGGAAACGGUGCUUUGGCGGCUCGGCGCCAAGUUUCAUAUCCGCUGCACGGAUGACCCGCUGCUGCACGUCGACAACGUCAAGGCGCUGUUAUCGGCGAGCGACGGCUUCUUCCCAAAGCAUGUUAGACGCACUGGGUUUAUACCCGUGCCCUAUGCGGCAUUACUGCUGUGGAGCGUCUACCCAUUUGCCUCCCUCCUGCUCCUCCGCGCGCCGCUGCUGUUUGCUUUGGCUCUCACGGUUGUUGUUUUGCUGAAACUUCUCGUCUCAGAGUUCAUCCGAGGUGUUGCGGCGCGAUUUGUCGUGCGAUCCCUUAUUGUGCUGCAACACCGUGAACCUCGUCGAGGCGGUAGGGAGUCUGCCGAUAUCUUGUUUGGUGUCUCACCGCUUGGCACACCGUCCCCCGCGCCGCUGAACUGUGGCCCGGAGAGUGUCGACGGCGGCCCCGUUGCCACGCUGCAGCUCACGUCGUUUCUUUGCACUCUUUUAACCCUGGAGCCGUUUGACCUCCAGGCCGGGAAGGUGAAAAAGUAG